CUUGCUUAACUUUGCUUAACCUAGAAGCUCGACGCAAUUCCACUUGGCCUUCCAGAACCUACCUCCAAAUUUAUGCCACGAACGUUAGUUACACCCUUUAGUUACGCCCUUUUUUGUACCCUUUUUGGUAACUUAUACAACUUAUACUCGUACAGUUAGGUCCUAAGCUCCUCUCGAAUCUUCUCAUACUACAUCCGAAUCCUCCUCGUCAUACGCUCGGCUGUUUUUUCAAUCUUCACUACUCCCGGCCACCAUGUCCAGCGCUGUAGUUUCCGCUGACGACGGCCUUGAGCCGACCUUGCAGUCCAUCCUCGACCAGAAGACCCUGCGAUGGAUUUUCGUAGGUGGGAAGGGAGGUGUGGGCAAGACGACCACUUCGUGCUCUCUCGCCAUACAGCUUGCCAAAGUCCGCCGCUCGGUCUUGCUUAUUUCCACCGACCCUGCUCAUAACUUGUCCGAUGCCUUUUCUCAGAAAUUCGGCAAAGAGGCGCGCCUAGUCGAGGGUUUCUCUAAUCUUAGCGCUAUGGAGAUCGACCCUAAUGGGAGCAUUCAGGACUUAAUAGCUGGACAGGGCGAGGAAAAUAGCGAUCCGCUCAGUGGCAUGGGAGGCAUGAUGCAGGACUUGGCGUUUGCAAUUCCCGGUAUUGAUGAAGCCAUGUCCUUCGCCGAGGUUCUCAAGCAAGUCAAAUCCCUCUCGUACGAAGUCAUUAUUUUUGACACCGCACCUACGGGCCACACGCUCCGCUUCCUCCAGUUCCCAUCCGUCCUCGAGAAGGCUCUCGCGAAGAUCUCCCAGCUUUCCUCCCAAUACGGGCCGCUACUCAACGGCUUCCUCGGAAACCAAGGCACGCUUCCGAACGGGCAGAACCUAAACGAGAUGAUGGAGAAGCUGGAGAGUCUCCGCCAAACCAUAUCCGAGGUCAACACGCAGUUCAAGGAUGAGAACCUGACCACGUUUGUGUGUGUCUGCAUCGCCGAAUUCCUGAGUCUGUACGAGACAGAACGCAUGAUACAGGAGCUGGCCAGCUACGGCAUCGACACGCACUGUAUCGUGGUGAACCAACUGCUAUUCCCCAAACAAGGUAGCAACUGCGAGCAGUGCAACGCCCGACGGAAAAUGCAGAAGAAGUAUCUAGAUCAAAUAGAAGAGCUAUACGACGAGUUCAACGUGGUCAGGAUGCCGCUUCUAGUAGAAGAGGUCCGGGGCAAGGAGAAACUCGAGCAGUUCAGCGAGAUGUUGAUCCAUCCAUAUGCGCCCCCUGAGUAAAGGCGUGCGCGAAUUCCAUUGAGUCGUCUGGGGUUAGGUAGCGUGGCGUUGCGAUGCCUUUAGGCAAUAUUAAGAGUAUCAUUUUAAGGGGAAAUAGAGGCAUGAAUAAGAGCGGAGGUGCUAUUGGCACGUGUAUUCGAGUGGGAAGAUAUUAUGUCGAUAUUAAGCUUCUUAUGUCCCUGUGUGUGGUUCGGGCAUUGGUGGUAGCGUGUAAUAUAGUAAACAUCACGAACGAGAUGAUGCUAUUAUGAUAUGAAAAUACAAAGUUUUUGUCAGCCGCUACGAUCUUACUCCUCUGUUGAGGCAUUCUUCAAGUUUUGAUCAAAAACUAGGGUUAGCACGGGACAAGCUUGCUCAUUAAAUCUUGAUCCCCAUAGCACACAAUAUAUCAGUAUGAUAUGUAGAGACGGAGAGGAUGACUACGUCGA